AUGAAGCUGACUGGCCUGGCGGCGGUGAAGGAGCGGAUGCUGCAGCUGCGGGAUGAGGUGGAGCUGGACAAGGAGCGCGGCCGGCCCCCAAACUCCCGCAAUGCUAAUAUCCGCUUUUACGGGAACCCCGGCACCGGCAAGACCACUGUGGCGCGGCUGUACGCCCAGCUCCUGUCAGAGCUCGGGGUCCUGCCCACACCUAAGCCGCCGCCGCCCCCCCAGCCGCCCAAGCAGCAGCUGUACGUCGGCUACCCCUACGCGCCGCCCCCGCCGCAGCCGGCGCCGCCCAAGGCGCCGCCCAAAGACGGGCCGGCGGUGGUGGAGACGAGCGGAGCCAAGCUGACUAAAGCUGACCUGCAGAAGGCGCUGGAUGGUGACCUGGCGGAGGGGGGUGUCCUGUUUAUUGACGAGGCAUACCAGCUGAACCCUAAGACCAACCCCCUGGGCGGCCGCGAGGUCCUGGACCUGCUGCUGACUGAGGCUGAGAACCGGCGCGGCAAGCUGGUGGUGGUGCUGGCCGGCUACAGGACCCCCAUGGAGGAGCUCAUGGCCUACAACGAGGGCCUGCCCAGCCGCUUCCCCGCCGUGUUCACCUUUGAGGACAACAGCGACGAGGAGCUGUGCGAGAUCUUCAUGGGCAUGAUGGCGGCCGACAAGUCAGGGUUCAAGCUCGAGGACGAGCGCUGGGCGCGCAUCGCGACGCGCAGGCUCGGCCGCCAGCGCGACGCCGGCGGCGCCGGCUUCGGCAACGCGCGCGCAGUCCGCAACCUGUACGAGCAGUCCAUCGCCCGCCAGUCCGCGCGCGUGCUGGCCGAGAGGCGCGAGGGCGGCGCGCCCGACCCCCUGCUGCUCAGGAGGGACGACCUGCUGGGCCCCAAGAGGCUGGACGCGGGGGGCAGCAAGGCGCUGCAGGAGCUGGAGGCAAUGAGGGGGCUGCGGCGCGUGAAGGAGUCGGUGCAGACGCUGCUGGGCCUGAUCGAGACCAACGCUGACCUGGAGGAGCAGGAGCGGCCCCUCAAGGAGGUCUGCCUGAACCGCGUCUUCCUGGGCAACCCCGGCACUGGCAAGACCACAGUGGCAAGCAUCUACGGCCGCGUGCUGCGGGACCUGGGGCUGCUGUCAAAGGGCGAGGUCCUGGUCAAGGUGCCGGCGGACUUUGUGGGGUCCGCGCUGGGCGAGAGCGAGAAGAAGACGGCCGCCAUCCUGGAGGAGGCGCGCGGCUGCGUCCUCGUCAUCGACGAAGCCUACGGGCUUCACACAACGGCCGGCUCCAAGGACCCAUACAGGGUCGCCGUUAUUGACACCUUGGUGGCCAAGGUUCAGGGCGUGCCGGGUGACGACCGCUGCGUCCUGCUGCUCGGCUACAGGGAGCAGAUGGAGGAGAUGAUGCGGGACGCCAACCCCGGGCUGGCCCGGCGCUUCCAGAUGCAGAACGCAUGGGAGUUUGAUGACUAUUCCAGUGAGGAUCUCUUCUUCAUAAUGCGCGCCGCAGCAAAGAAGAGGUACGGCUGGGACCUCGGACACAACGAGCUCAAGGCCGGCCUGGCGGCCCUGGAGGUGGAGCGCCGCCGCCCAAACUUCGGCAAUGCCGGCGCCGUCAACAACCUCCUCGCCGCCGCCGCGCUGCGCAUGGAGGCGCGCACCAAGUCUCUCCCGCCGGCGGCCCGCGCCGACGCCACUCCCGUUCCGGCGGACUUUGGGGAAGAGCACGAGGGCGCGUCUGACCCAGGGGCGCUGCUUGAUGAUUUGGUGGGCUGCGCCGCGGUGCGGACCAAGGUGCGGCAGUGA